AUGUUUAAUACUUUGAAGAAAUUGGUGGGAAAGAAGGAGGAUUCUCCCUCAUCCUCCUCACCUUCUUCUUCAUCUUCUUCUUCUCCUUCUACCACUUCAACUACAUCAAACAAUAUGCCUAAACUAUCAACAGAAUCAUAUCAUGCAGGAAUAUAUAAUCAUUCUACUUGUAUUCACUAUGAUCCAAUACAAAAGUUGGUUGCUGUAGCAUUUAAUAAUGGUCAAGUUAAAAUCUUUGGACAAGAUGGAAUGGAGACACAAUUUCAAUUAGAGUCAUCACCUAUUCUAAAGAUAAUCUUUUUGUACAAUACACCACAUAUUAUGGUUAUCACUCCUCAUUCUAUUGAAAAGUGGGAUUAUAAUGAUGGUGUUCAAAUCACUCAACUCAACUAUAAGAAUAGAAUUACCUCUAUUGCCUUUCUUUAUGGUUGUAAUUUUAUGUACAUUGGUGAUGAAUCUGGUUAUAUUAGUACCUACAAUGUAUUCUCUCAUUUCUUAUCUUCUUAUAAAAUAUUUGUUAAAGAAGAAAUUAUUAAAGCAUUUAAUGUACCAAGUACAGAUGAUCAACAACAAAUAUUUUCAAGUGCAAUUGAUAUUUGUCCAUCUGAUCAUAAUUUAUUAUUGAUUGGAUGUAAUAAUGGUACACUUGUAUCAUGGAAUUUGGAGAGUCGUCGUUUGGAAAAGAAAUUAUCUUUUAAAACCUAUGUUACCAAGGUUUGUUGGAGUAGAAAAGGCAACAAAUUCAUUUGUGGCUUUUUUGAUGGACAAAUACUCUUUGUCGAUUAUCAAAAACAAUCUCCUUCUCUUGUAUUCAAACCACAAUUCCUUCAACAACAACAACAACAACAGGAAAGAGUAUCAAUUGAUCAAUUAGAGUUGUUAUAUACCAAGGAUAAAAAGAUAAUUAUGUUUAGAGGUUAUUAUCAAGGAUCAAAUUCUUUGGUUAUCAUUAGAGGAGACAACUACAAGGAUGUAUCUAAACUUGGUGUCACUCUUCUUGCCCCAUCGGUUUUCAACUUUACUUCCAUCUCUACCACUCCAUAUCCAAGCAGUCGUGACUUAUCAUCUGUCAUUGCUUUAACUUCUACCAAUCAAUUAUUGUAUUGUAAACUUGAUACAAGUCCAUUACAACAAUUAAAACAAAUUGAUGAUAUUUGUUUAAAAAAAUGGAUUGAAAAUAAUAAUAAUAAUCAAAAUAACAAUAAUAGUGAUAAUAAUCCAAAUAUUGAUUUAAUAUUAAUGAAAACAUAUGAAUGUGAUCAAUCAACAAAACAAAAGAUUAUAGAAGCACUAAAGAUCUAUCAAAAACCAACAACAUCUAUUGGAUACUUGGAAUCCCCAGUCUCUGGAGGUUUGAUCAAAGAUAAUAGAUCCACCAUGCAAUUAAUGAUUACAUACCACAAAGAUCAAUCAUUAAGAUUUUGGGACUAUACCGAUGCCAGAAAUUAUCAAUUCUUGGGCAAAUCAACAGAUAUCCUCCCAAAUCUCAUCACCUUUUCGUUUUGCGUCACAACCUUUAUUCUGGCUGCCUCUUAUAGUGCAGGUUUGGUUCACGUCUACCAAUUGGACAACGGGUCAAGAAGAAUUGAAAAAUCAUUUUUCAAAAUUCAAAAGGAAGCAGAGAUACCAAAACAACAAUCACCAACCAGUGUUGAACAAGCACCACAACAACAGUCACCAACCAGUGUUGAACAAGCACCAGAACAACUACCAUCUCCUACUCCUCAACCAACAGAGCAACAAUCCUCCCCCUCUUCUUCCUCACCACCACCCCAACAAGAUAAUAAUAAUAAUAACUUGCCAGAUCCAUCUUGGUCGGGACUUCAAUUGAUGGGAGAGAUUAAAUUGGAUUGUAAUAUGAAUGUAAUAUGUCUUAAUCCAUGGAAAAAAAAGACCACAACUCGCUUGGUAAUGGGUGGAUCACAAGGUAAUGUCCAUCACUUUAUGAUUGUCGUCAGUGACAACUCGUGUGAUGGUGUAUCAACAUCUAGAACUGUAUAUAGAGCUGCCAUUGAUUAUCGGGGAUCAGUCUCUGCACCAUCCUAUGAGGGUGCUAGUCAAGGAAAUGAUAUUACUACGAUGGAAUUAUGUUUCUAUUCACUACGUGAAAAUGAUGACAUUUCUUUGGUACACGCAGGAACUCAAAAUGGAUCCAUCUUGGUCAUUGAUGUUCCAUCAAUGUCUAUCAUUACCUCAUUCAAGGCAUCAUCCCACCCCAUUAAAUCAGUACAUUAUGCUGAUAAAAAUGGAAACCAACUCAGAUAUCUUUUCCUCGAUAUGCUUGAUAAUUUUAUUUCAUCAUUACCAAAUACAAUCCAACCACCUGUACAGUCAAAUGAUGAAAAUAAUAACAACAACAAUAGUACAACCGAAAUAGCACCUUUAACCAAUGUUGUAUCAAAAUUAAAUAUAAAAUUGGAUGACAUUCAUUUAAUAGUUUCUUCUGGUAACCAAAUAAUCAAAUAUACCAUCCCCUCUCAAUCGCUAUCACAAUACACUCCAACUCCAAAAUCUCCCUCUACCACAGAAGCACCAACUACUCCUACUACCACCACCACCACUACAAAUAAUAAUAAUUUUAAUCACCCAAAGGAAAGAUGUGAGGAGUUUAAGAAUCAUCAAGUCAUUUCAACAUCAUUCCUAAGAGACACUUCCUCUGAUAAGCAAUAUCUUUCAGUGAUUGACCAAUCUGGCCAAUUGACGCUCUUUGAUUGUGCCAAUCACAGUAAGCACGGAUUGGAAAAGAGAGGACAUUACCAAUUACCCAAUCAUAACAUCAAGUGUCUCCAAGCUCUUGUGUCUGUCAUUGGUGGUGUUAUGGUUGUAUCACAGAAUAGUAUGUUCUCUGUCUGUCUCCAACCCGCCAUCUUUAGAACGAGAUACCAAUUCUUUGUUGAUGGUAUAAAUAUUCCUCCAGAGCCAAAAUCUGCUGUAUCAAGUGGUAUUAGUUCGUUCUUUUUUGCCAAAGCACCUGUGAAUUUAGAUACUGUAUUUUCAGAGGGUAUCAAACUACCCCAACAACAAUCAAACCAUGGUCGUUCCCAACAAUCAAAUAAUCAAAAGGUGUUUGUUGAAGAUAUUGCUGGAAGUCUCAAUGAAACAAUGCAAAAGCUCAAUGAAAGAGGCGAAAAGAUUGACGAAUUGAGUCUAAAGACUCAGCAGAUGGAAUCCGCCUCAAGAGAUUUUGCCUCAAUGACUAAGCAGCUGGCAGCUAAUAAUAAAUCAUGGUUUUAA